UAGAUAGUGUUGGUCAGGUUGAGCGAGGUCUCAAUUUCUCUUUUUUCACGCAGUCCAUUUUAUCUAUCGUUCUUACCUCGCCCCCUCCCGCAAACCCAUCAGUUUGCUUGUGCUAGUUCUCAGUGCGCACGCGCAAAAAUGCUUUGGCAGCCCUUGUAGUUCCAGUUUUCAGAGGUUGGGGGCGCGUAUUGUCCGGCGUUGGGAGGUUGGGGGUCCGCCCAGCAUUUGGCGACGUCCUCGCAAAAGUACGGGUGCUGAGGGGGGCCGUAGCCAAAGUGGAAAUUGCCUUACUUCGUCGAUCUGAGCUUUGGCGGCCAAACGAUAGCGAAUUACACAGGAAUGGAAGCUGAAAGUGGAAAUCAAGAAAAAGCAAUGGAAGAAGAAAACCCUGAAAAGAAAAAAGAAGUAGAAAAAAAGAAACGGUCACGAGUUAAACAGGUGCUUGCAGAUAUUGCUAAGCAAGUGGAUUUCUGGUUUGGAGAUGCAAAUCUUCACAAGGAUAGAUUUCUUCGAGAACAAAUAGAAAAGUCCAGAGAUGGAUAUGUUGAUAUAUCACUUCUCGUGUCUUUCAACAAAAUGAAAAAAUUGACCACAGAUGGAAAGUUAAUAGCCAGAGCACUGAAAAGUUCAUCUGUUGUAGAGCUGGACUUAGAAGGCACCAGAAUCAGGAGAAAAAAGCCUUUAGGUGAACGACCAAAAGAUGAGGAUGAGCGGACAGUGUAUGUGGAAUUACUUCCCAAAAAUGUUAAUCACAGCUGGAUUGAAAGAGUAUUUGGGAAAUGUGGCAAUGUUGUUUAUAUAAGUAUACCACAUUAUAAAUCUACUGGAGAUCCAAAGGGAUUUGCCUUUGUAGAAUUUGAAACAAAAGAACAAGCAGCAAAAGCUAUUGAGUUUCUUAACAACCCACCAGAAGAAGCACCAAGAAAACCUGGCAUAUUUCCUAAGACAGUAAAAAAUAAGCCUAUUCCUGUCCUUGGAGUAUCAGAAGAAAAGAAAAAGAAGAAGAAGAAGAAAGGCCGAAUGAAGAAAGAGGACAAUAUCCAGACCAAAGAGUCAAACAUUGACACAAGUAAAGAGACUGUAGGAAAAAUGAAAAGAUCCAGGACCACAUCUGAGGGAUCUGAAGUAGAGAUUACUGAACCCCAGAAGCCACCGUCAAAGAAAAAGAAAAAACGGGAAAGAGCAGAAGCAUCCAGCUUACCUACAGUCAGAACAGGGAAGAGGAAGAGAAGUAUCUCUGAAGAAGCAGAACACCCAACUCCCAGGUCAAAAGUAAAGAAAAUAACGCAGAAAGACAACAUUAAAAAAGAAGAUGUAGAAGUUCCCAAAGAAAACAAAGAUUUAGAAGUCUCUACUGAAGAGGAAAAGGAUACUGGAGAUGUAAAAGAUGGAUCCCUUUUAAAAGCAAAAAGGAAGCAUAAGAAAAAACACAAAGAGAGGCACAAAAUGGGAGAAGAGGUUAUACCCUUAAGAGUACUUUCAAAGAGCGAAUGGAUGGAUUUGAAAAAAGAGUAUUUAGCACUGCAAAAAGCCAGCAUGUCUUCUUUAAAAAAAACAAUAUCCCAAAUAAAAUCGGAGUCAAAAAUGGAAACAAAUGGAGUAGCUCCUAACUCUGGAAUAGAAAAUGAAAAAACAAACAGUGAAGAGUGUUGUCCCCAGGAAAAGGUUAAUGCAACAGGACCACAGUUUGUCAGUGGCGUGAUUGUGAAGAUCAUUAGCACUGAGCCUCUGCCUGGCAGGAAACAAGUCAGGGAUACUUUGGCAGCAAUCUCAGAAGUUGUUUAUGUGGACUUGCUAGAAGGAGAUACAGAAUGCCAUGCUAGGUUUAAAACCCCUGAGGAUGCUCAAGCAGUAAUAAACGCAUAUACGGAAAUUAAAAAGAAACACUCCUGGAAUCUCGAGAUCCUUUCUGGUGAUCAUGAGCAGAGGUAUUGGCAGAAGAUUUUGGUAGAUAGGCAGGCCAAACUUAAUCAGCCUCGUGAAAAGAAAAGAGGCACUGAGAAGUUAAUCACCAAAGCUGAGAAGAUUAGACUGGCAAAGACUCAACAAGCAAGUAAACAUAUUAGAUUUUCUGAAUAUGAUUAAAAAACACUUUUGGUUCACCUCUUAAGAUUUCAAUGAUUACUUGAACUUUUCUUAGGAAAUCCAUUUUAUUAUGGUAGUCAAUAAUAAAGAAUGUUUUCCUGAAACCUACGUUAAUUAAAAAAAAUACCUUUGUUCCUUAACUUGUAAAUAAGACUUUUUUUUGAGACAAGUACAUUGUAUACCCACAGUUUUACAUUAAACGUCUUAUUUGCUGAAAUUAUCUUCUACAAAUCAACCUCAAAAUAAUUAGUAAAUAUGUUUUGAACAUUGUCAUUGAUUUUGUUGUUUUUAUAUUACAAAAAAAAAAAACAUUUGCAAAAAAUACUGCACAAAUAGUUUAAGAAAAUAUGUUUGACAGUAGACUCACUGUACUUGUUUUAUAGUUUGCUUUUUCCAUUUCAAAUAUCUAAGAUAUCUUUUCAUGUUGACUUAUACAGAGACUUAUGUGUGAUACUUCAUUCUGUUCAUUGCACUUUGCUUACCUGAGCUUCCACUGAAUAGGCCAUAUGAACUGUCCAAUUAAAAUAUUAAACUUUUAAAAGUA